GAUCGGUGUAAUAAGAUUUUGAGCGUUUGCUCAUAAUUUGUGCGGCUUAUUUUGAGACACGAGUUCAAUCGCGGCAUCCCGUAGCGCGGAUUGGCUGAGCAUGAGCACAUUUGCUUGCAGUUUGUCAGCGCAUCUCAGUCAGCGGACGGAUGGGAGGAGAGGGGCGAGUAGGAGAGAUGCGUUACUGGAGUAAGCAGGGGAGGGAGAAAGGGGUGGACAAGCGGGGUGGUUUAGAAGAAAUAAACGCACAGCCAAAAAUGUCACCGCUGCCGUAAACCAAACGCUCUCGACCCUGGAUGACAGCGACACGAUGGUUAGCGUCAUCGUAUAGCGAGCAUCACUAAACAAAGUAUCCGAACCAUCCACAGCGAAGACGGCGGAAGGAGGGGGAAAAACUAUGAACGAGCAUGAUUUCUGCUAAGAAAACUCCGGAGAAGAGUCGCUAUCCUGUCCACUAUCUGGUGUGGCACAACAAGCACCGGCAGCUGGAAAAAGAGCUGACAGUCAAUGAGGAGACUGAUUUAGAGUCUGUGGAUCCCCGGGGUCGAACUCCUCUCCACCUGGCUGUCACACUGGGCCAUCUGGACUGUGCCAGAGUUCUGCUGCAGCAUGGAGCUGAUGUCAGCAAGGAGAACCGCAACGGCUGGACUGUUCUUCAGGAGGCAGUCAGUACUAGAGAUCCAGAGCUGGUGCGCCUUGUGCUGCGUUACCGUGACUACCAGAGGACCGCUAAGAGACUAGCGGGCAUCCCCGUACUUCUGGAACGACUGCGCCAAGCCCAGGACUUCUAUGUGGAGAUGAAAUGGGAGUUUACCAGCUGGGUGCCCCUGGUGUCUCGUAUCUGCCCCAGCGACACCUACAGGGUUUGGAAGAGUGGCCAGUGUCUCCGCGUCGACACCACUCUGACCGGAUUUGAGCAGAUGACGUGGCAAAGAGGAAAUCGGAGCUUCAUUUUCAGGGGACAAGACUCCAACGCAGAGGUGAUCGAGGUCGACCACGACAGGCAGCUGGUGUUCUGUGAGACCUUGUGCGUCUCAUCUCUGGCGGCGCUUUCACCCGGCCGAGGGAAAGGCGGCGCCUGCAGCAGUACGGCUGCUGGUUUGGGCCUAUUGGGGGGAGUGCAGCCCAGUGACGAGCAGGUGGCGGCGCGACUGUCUGCCGCUGUGGUGACCACUCAGCUGGACACGCGCAACAUUGCCUUUGAGAGGAACAAGACAGGCAUUCUGGGCUGGAGGAGUGAGAAGACGGAGACUGUGAACGGAUAUGAAGCCAAGGUGUAUGCUGCGUCAAAUGUAGAGCUUAUCACCAGGACCAGAACGGACCACCUGUCAGACCAGAACAAGAACAAGAUUAAAGGUGGGAAGACUCCCCUGCAGAACUUCCUCGGGAUUGCAGAGCAACACAUGGGCACAAACAACGGGGCCCUAGUGACCCAGAUGUCCGCUCCAGCAGCGACCAAUCCCUCUGCGCUGAGCGCUGAGGAAUACUUCAACCCCAGCUCUUCUCCCACGCUGAGGGACAUCGGCCACCCGUGCCAACUCACCACCAAGACCCAGAGAUUCAAAGCCAAGCUGUGGCUGUGCGAGUCCCACCCUCUUUCGUUGGCAGAUCAAGUGGCGCCUAUCAUCGACCUCAUGGCCAUUUCCAACGCCCUGUUUGCCAAGCUGCGUGACUUCAUCAUGCUGCGUUUGCCGCCCGGCUUUCCCGUCAAGAUCGAGAUCCCUCUCUAUCACAUCCUGAACGCCAGGAUUACCUUCAGCAACUUGAACGGCUGCGAGGAGGGGGCAAGCGCGCGCCCUGACAACGAAGCCGCGGUAGAAGGGAACGGACAAAGGUAUAACCUGAGGACGGACACCCCCUCGCCUGGCAGCGACUCCUCGAGUGUGUCCAGCUCCAGCUCCAGCUCCACAAUGUCAUGUCGAGCCGGCGAGAUCCCCCCCUGUGUUUUUGAGCCCCCGCCUGGAUACACCAUGCUUGGAGGCAAACAGAGAGACAGCAUGAGGGAAGAGGAGGACGACCUGCUGCAGUUCGCCAUUCAACAGAGCCUGCUGGAAGCCGGCUCGGAAUACGAUCAGGUGACCAUUUGGGAGGCACUGACCAAUAGCAAGCCUGGAACACACCCCCUCUCUUGUGAUCCAAGUCGCCUGGAGAGGAUCCCCCAAACGAAGCCUCGCUCCCCUUCCAGCCGCUCCUCAACCCCCUCCAAGAAACUGCAGUCGAGCAGCUGCAGCUACGACCGGCAGCUGCGCAUCGCCAUGGAGAUGUCGGCUCGGGAGCAAGAGGAAGCUGAGCUGCGGCGACGGAAGGAGGAAGGAGAGCUGCUGCAUAUCAUCCAGCUGUCGCUUAUGGAAAAGUGAACCGGCCAAUAGGUCAGUGAGGUGGUUCAAACAAUGUAAGCACACACAAAAAGAAAA